AUGAAGCUCAGUGAUUUGUUGUUGGCCAUUGUCUUAGUCUCACAGAUUGGAAUUGGGCUUCUAGGGAAUUCCUUCCUACUGUGCCUUUAUAUCUGUACUUUCCUCUGUGGUCAUGGACUAAGGCCCAUAGACUCCAUUUUUGUCAAUUUGACUUUGGCCAAUUUGAAUGUACUUCUGUCCAGGAGUCUCCCUCAGUCAAUGUUCUAUUGGGGCUUGAAAAAUUUCCUAGAACCUCUUUGGUGUAAACUUAUCCAUUACCAUAAAAAUGUGUCCAGGAGUGUUUCCCUCAGCACUACUUGCCUCCUAAGCACUUUUCAGGUCAUCACUAUCAGUCCCAGCAACUCCAGAUGGAGUGAAUUCAAAGUCCAAGCUUCAAAGUACAUUGCCUCUUCUUGUCUCUUCUGCUGGUGCUUCUACCUGUUGAUAAAUUUCACUAUGCUUGGGAUCAUGCAUAACUCGAGGUUUAUGAGUAACAACACAAGAUGGUGGCAUCUGGGAUAUUGUUCAGUUGCAGGUCCUGCCUCAUUUACUAUCUUAUUUUAUAUAAUUAUCUUCUCUCUUCCUGAUGUCAUUUGCAUAGGAUUCAUGAUAUGGACCAGUGCCUACCUAAUAUUUCUUCUGCAUAGCCACCAUCAACAUGUCCAACAUAUUCAUAGUCUCCACAUUUCUAUGAGAAAUUUCCCUGAGAUAAGAGCCACACAUGCCAUCCUUUUACUUGUGUGCACAUAUGUCUCCUUCUAUUCCAUUGAUUCCAUCUUGACAGUUUUUUCUUUUCAAUUUGCUAAAUAUGGAACCUUUCUCCUACCCACUUCACAGUUCAUGGCUGCAUGUUUCCCAACUAUUAGUCCCUAUGUCCUGAUAUCCUAUGAUUCCCAACUCCGCAAAUAUUGUUAUCGCCUAAGGUGCAAGAAAAGUUUUCAAUGA